AGGGAACCAAGAGUAAGUCAGAGUUUUAACAGUAAGUGAGAGUGAACAGAAGCUGUAAGGACAUGAGGUGAAAAUGGCUCAACGUCUGCGUUUGUACUUUGGAUCUGGCCGCAGCAACACAGCUCCGGAGAUGCUGGGAACAGACUCGGAGGAAGGGCAAGUAGAGGGCGAAGCGGCGAGAUCACACUACUUAAGGCCUCCUCCAUUACCUAGGCCUCCUCAGGAGUCAACUGUGCAACACGUUCCUUCUGGAACUUUUGGUUUGCGUUCAGAGCCUUCACUGAAAAGGAGCUCCUCCAUGUUUAUACCACAGCUCACCACCUACCCCGAGCCACGACCCACUAAGAGCUCGUCUGUGCAGAUCUCCCUCCAACGAUGCAAUGGAUCAAUUAGCAGGGAUUCUGGUGGCCUUGCCGAUGAUGUGCCACCGCCUCUUUAUACUCCACCUGGACCUGCGCCUGCAUAUCCUGAACCUCAGAUUCAGGAAGACUUUCCACGACAGCCGCCUCCUCCAUACUACAGCCCAGAUUCUUUAAACUCCCAGUCAUUGCUGAAUGAGCCAAACCUUCCCAAACGCAGAGUUUUUAGCAUUGGUUCUAGUGGCUAUAGAACGUUUAAUGGAGGCCAACCUGGUGUUAGUGUUGGUACCAUUUGUAUCCAGAGGAAUUCUCCUGAGAUUUUUGAUUUUCAGCAUUUCAGGAUUCUUCCUUAUGGCGGAGAUGGCCAGCAGCAGAGUCUAGAGGCAUGUGCUGGUGUUAAUAGUGCAACGCAGAGACUAGUUUUCCAGCUACAGGAAAAGCAGAAUUACACCCAGGAAAGUCAGCGGACUGCUGCAUCCCAGGAGGACUUUGGUCAAGACAGCCUAAGAGGCAUCCGCAUGGUGCGUUAUCCCAGAAUUCCACUGCAGAGGAGCUCAUCUCAACCGAGGCUGCUUGUGAAAAAUAAACAUCAGAAACGCGGGGCAGACUUCCAGACCAUAGAGGAGAAUCAGACUGAAGCAGAACUAGAAACAAAAGAUAGAUCAAAAUGUUGUACUUUUAAAAUCAGUGGGGAAAACCCCAGAAGGCAGCCACAUUUCAAGAUAUCCUUUACCCAGAGUGGAGGCGGAGAUCAGGAUGUGAGUCUUGGCAAGAAAUUGGCAACAAAUAAUCCCAAGACUAGAGAUGAUUUCCUCGGACAAGUCGACGUUCCUCUCAGUCAUCUGCCGACGGAGGACCCGGCUAUGGAGCGUCCAUACACAUUCAAAGACUUCCUGCUACGACCAAGAAGUCACAAGUCCAGGGUGAAGGGUUACUUGCGUCUGAAGAUGGCCUAUUUGCCCAAACAAGGAGGACAAGAAGAGGAGGAGGCUGGAGAGAUGAGGGAAGAGGCUGAGGGUUGGGAUGAGUCCGCAGAUUCAGGCUCCCAGCGACCCCAGCAGCUGCUGCCUCCUUUGCCUCUUGGCUGGGAGGAAAAGGUGGACAACCUGGGACGCACCUACUAUGUGAACCACAACAACCGCACCACACAGUGGAAACGGCCUUCCACCAUAGAUGUGAUCUCAGAAAUUGAGAGCGACAAUCAGCAGCGGCAAAUAAAUCAGGAGGCACACCGAGUUUUUCGUGCACGGCGCCACAUCAGCGAAGACCUCGAGAACGAGCGCCUGGACUCCAGGGACAUGGACAAUUCCUGGGAGCUCAUCACUGAAGAGGAUCCCAACGACGGCUUCGCCCAGUCUCUGCCUGCUCCCUCCUCCAUUUUGACCCCACAGCACUCGCCCACGCCUGCUGCUCAGGAGUUUUCUGAAGAUUUAAAUCUGAGGCUGUCAAUCACCCCUGAAAUGAACGGUGAACUGCCAAGGCCCAGCUCCUCGCUGAGCCAGCUGUCAAACAGGCUCCGGUCUUCAAGUAUGACAGAUGGUGUCAGUGAUCAGGCCCAGGCUCCUCCUCCUCUAACGCAGGGUUCCCAGACCAGAAGAACAAGAGCUCAAACAGUCUCAGGUGGUGAGGAGCCCAUGUCUCCCUCGGCAGCUUCCUACACCUUGACCACCCCCGGUCUGCCCCCUGGAUGGGAGGAGAGGAAGGACACCAAGGGAAGAACUUAUUACGUCAAUCAUAACAACCGCACCACUACUUGGACUAGGCCAAUUGUGCAGCUGACUGAAGAUGGAGCCAGCACCUCAGCAGCAGCCGCAGCAGUAGCAUUAGGGGCAGCCUCCGCCCUGGUACCUGCUUCCACCCCUUCCUCCUCCUCUUCCAAUGCUUCCAACCACCACGUCCAUGAGCCUCAAGUCCGACGACCUCGUAGCCUCAGCUCUCCCACUGUCACCCUUUCCACCCCUUUGGAGGGUGCCAAUAAUAUCCAGGUGCGUAGGGCGGUGAAAGACACCCUCUCCAAUCCCCAGUCUCCCCAGCCGUCCCCUUACAGCUCCCCGAAAUCACAUCACAAGACCCAGCAGAGCUUCCUGCCUCCGGGCUGGGAGAUGAGAAUAGCCCCGAAUGGACGGCCGUUUUUCAUCGACCACAACAGCAGAACCACCACCUGGGAGGAUCCCAGGUUGAAAUAUCCAGUCCAUAUGAGGAAUAAGAACUCCAUGGAACCCGGUGAACUCGGUCCUCUUCCUAACCUACCAGAGGAGCCUGGAUGGGAGGAAAGGGUUCACACAGAUGGACGCACUUUCUACAUUGACCACAAUACAAAGAUCACUCAGUGGGAGGACCCCCGCUUACAGAGUCCGGCUAUCACAGGGCCCGCUGUUCCCUACUCCAGAGAGUUCAAGCAGAAAUAUGACUACUUUAGGAAGAAAUUAAAGAAACCAGCUGAUAUCCCCAACCGAUUUGAGAUGAAGUUACACAGGAACAACAUUUUCGAGGAGUCCUACCGUCGAAUCAUGUCCCUGAAGAGGCCAGAUGUUCUAAAAGCACGAUUAUGGAUUGAGUUUGAAUCUGAGAAAGGAUUGGACUAUGGUGGCGUGGCCAGAGAGUGGUUCUUCCUCCUGUCUAAGGAGAUGUUCAAUCCCUACUACGGCCUGUUCGAGUACUCAGCCACGGACAACUACACUCUCCAGAUCAAUCCCAACUCUGGCCUCUGCAACGAGGAUCACCUUUCCUAUUUCAAGUUCAUCGGCCGUGUGGCAGGAAUGGCUGUGUUUCAUGGAAAACUGCUGGAUGGUUUUUUCAUCCGUCCAUUUUAUAAGAUGAUGCUGGGGAAACAGAUAUCGCUUAAGGACAUGGAGUCUGUGGACAGUGAAUACUAUAACUCCUUAAAGUGGAUUCUGGAGAAUGACCCCACAGAGCUGGACCUGAGAUUUUGUAUCGACGAGGACAACUUUGGACAGACAUAUCAGGUUGACUUGAAGCCCAGCGGUUCAGACAUGGUGGUCACCAAUGAGAACAAGAAGGAAUACAUUGACUUGGUCAUCCAGUGGAGGUUUGUCAACCGGGUCCAGAAGCAGAUGAACGCCUUCUUGGAGGGAUUCACUGAGCUCAUUCCAAUAGAUUUGAUCAAGAUCUUUGAUGAAAAUGAACUUGAGCUGCUCAUGUGUGGCCUCGGCGACGUCGACGUUAACGACUGGAGACAGCACACGGUUUACAAGAACGGCUACUGUCCCAACCACCCGGUGAUACAGUGGUUUUGGAAGGUUGUCCUGUUGAUGGAUGCUGAGAAGAGAAUCCGACUCCUCCAGUUUGUUACAGGAACGUCACGGGUACCGAUGAAUGGCUUUGCUGAACUUUAUGGUUCUAAUGGUCCUCAGCUGUUUACAAUUGAGCAGUGGGGAACACCAGAUAAGUUGCCAAGAGCUCAUACAUGUUUUAACCGCCUGGAUCUGCCCAGCUACGAAUCCUUUGAGGACCUGAGAGAGAAACUCCUCAUGGCGGUGGAGAAUGCUCAAGGCUUCGAGGGAGUCGACUAAAGCUCCCCUUCUGACUGAAUCCAAUAGCAAGAAAUAGAAACUGCAUCUACAGGGACGUGAAACCAGCCGCUGUAGCAGUUUUUGUGCGAGCAUGUUGUACUGUAAUGCCUGACUGUGAGCCGUCUCCACUGCACCGUGGCUUUAAGACUGUACAGCGACUUGUCGAGCCAAUAUGCCUACAUGUUUCUAACUUUUCAGUGCGGGAUGGGUCACCCCUACAAGGUGCUGGGGAGAGAAAAGGGAGCGAUGCACUGCCUCAUUUCUGAAAUGUCUCAUCUACAGGCAUAAGCGGAAAAUAACCAGAGCUGGAAAUCCCCAAUCCACAAUUUCUUCCCCUUAUUCCCCUUCCUGUGAAACUCUGCAGUGCUGGAAAAUACUGAUGCAUUUCAACAUUUAAGUCCCUUUCAGUGGAGAGCUCUUAGCAUGGUCUUAAUCUGGCUCCUACAUGCACUAUUCCACCUAAGAAGCUGCAGAGGUGCUAUGAUCUUAGAUCUUAUACAGAUAUUUAACCAGACACCAGGUUACCUUAGGAAUGCUAGCCAAUCACAUUUCAGGAAAUCAGACACACCCCCCCGUAGAGCCUUGUCUGGGUCAUGUGAUCAGAUAACGCUGCUGCAGAUUUUAUAGAAUAAAAAAUUUCUUUUUUAAGCCACUGACGGCGCAUGACAUGACCUCCGCUAUGAUUUCCCUUUUUUUAUAUAUAUAUUUACAUAAUUUUGUGGUCAUGCAACAGAAUUUCUUUAAUUAAUCGUUUGUAUAACUGGCAGGAUAAUAUGUUAUGUAUUUUUACUGAUGAACAAUGUUCUUCACUAUUUCAAUGCCUGCAUACGACAUGACGCUUGAAGUUCAGAUCUGGUUAGUCUGUGACGAGAAGAAUUCAUAUCAUCUGUUACGGUGAUAGCAAAUGUGUUUGAAAACGAUGUUUUUACCGUAGUGUUUUAAAAGCAGCAUGAAACUGUGUUGUGUUUGCUUUUGAAUACAUACCAACUUGGAAAUGUAAUCGCUCUCGAGGUCACGAAGGGAAAAGUCAAAUCGUGGCAAGUUUCUGUGAUUACCUUAAUACUCCCCAUGCCUGUUGCUGUUCAUAAUGCUGUAAAAUCGUUUUUUGAGGGGGGGUUAAGUUCUUACAUAAGAUCUAAAUAUAUGUAUGUAUUACAUUUAACAGAAGUAUUACUGAUCAACACUAAAAUGAAGCAGUGCGUGAGUAAAUGUUUGAGUGGAAAGCUGUGAUUACCGCUGAAUAUAAGCAGCACGUUUCUUACAUGUUUCUUUUUUUUAUUUUCUUCCCUCCUGUUUUUCUAACACAACUAAAUCUAAAGGGCACUUUAUAGAUAACUCUGAGGUCAUGUCAGCUGAUGUAUGUCUUUUCAUUCACUUGAAUGUGGUUCUUUUCUUUCCUUUCAGAGCACUUACUGGUGCAACAGACGUAAUCUAAAUAUGGGCUGCAGCUACAGUAGAAACAAAAGUGAAAAUGAUGCUUCAUGUUCUUAAGUUCGUAUCCUGUUUUGAGCUGUUUCUUAAUACUUUCCUCUUGAAUGUUUCUUACCCCGGCGAUCUCUCAAUUCUGACUGACCUGUUUGUUUUUUUUAAAUCAAGUUUUCUUUUUUAAUGGAUACUGAGAAAUAUAAUUUUUGUUAAUGAUUCCACUACUUUCUGCAACUCUUUGUGGUUCAUUUAACUUUAAAUAAAAAUGAUACUUCGUA